AUGAUGGCCAGUCAUCCCAGGAACUUCGAUCGCACCCCCGCGCCGUUCAGCGACACCGUGAUCGGAAGCGUCCUAACGCGCGCGGCAGCCCCGGGAUACCACCUCCCCAGGUCGAGCAACCACCACACUAUCCGCCGUCACCACCACCACAGCCCGAACGCCGCCUUCCAGCACCGACAGCCGCAGUAUUCAACCCCUUCGUCCACCGUGUUGCUGCCACCGAUCAGGAAAUUGUCUCCGUCGGCCCACAGCGCGACGAAUGCCGCCGAACCGGCCGACAAGUUCCCGUUGAGACCGGUGCCGAGACGGCUUCAAGAAGACGCCACCCCGGCUCCUCCAGUGCGCAGAUUCGCUCCGAACCACCUUGGCCAGGUAACUCUGCCGUACCCUUCUCGGCCUGCCGCAGGUUUUGCGCCGGCAGAGUCGCCGUCGCGAGCUGUCGCGGCUGCAGAGGCCACUCUUUCCAUCCACCGCAACGACGCUACCAAGCAGCAGAAGCGGAAGCGUAGAGUGUCCGUCAAAUCCGAGGCAUGUCGCGAGCAGUGCCGCACCAACCAGGCUCGGUAUCGUCAGAAGCAGCGUGAGUACGUGGCCAAGCUUGAAUCGACCGUCACCCAGCUCCGAGACGAGAUCCCCAUGCUCGAGGUGCAGCGGCGGCGUCUCCGGUACGACUCGAAGCAGCGCGUGUGGGACGUUGUGGUCGAGUACUUCCAGCUCUUCCGUCACGGAGUGUGCGACUCCAGUGAGCAGGGCUCUGCCAUCCCGAGCGAUGUUCUACGCACCUCAGAGGCCCAGCAGCAGUUGAUGUUCCUGCGCUCCACCAUGGCGCCCGACGUGGAGUUCUGCAACGUGAGUGGCGUCGAAGUGCUCAUGGAGCACUGGUGCCGCAUGUCCGAGUACCACGAGAACCUCAAGUUCGAGCUCGAGCACAUGGAGAAGGUGUCCGAGAGCAUCGUCACGGCCAAGGCCAUGCUCACCGUCACCAUCACUAAGACCACACUCGAGUGCGUCUUCCCGCACCUCAUGGGCUCUGAAAACGUUGAGGAUCUGUCCCUCGCAGUGAAGAUACUGGGACACACGCUCGUGUAUCCGUGCUCGGUUCUAUUCGUGUGGGAUGAGGCGACCAGCCUCGUCGUUCGACUCGAGACCGACAUCGACAUGGCCACACCGCUGCUCGGAUUGCUCGGUAAUCUCAAGGACGUGUCCCGCGUGGUGCAGGGCGCCACCAUGGUCCCCAGCAAUUUUAUCGACGCGACGGCUCAUUAGUCAACCAGCCAACCAACCGACCACACGACCAGCGACUGCAGAUGGUGAUUCCCUCUGCUCAAGCUCAAGCCUACUAAGUAGUUCUUAUCUAUCUAAGUAUUAUACACCAGCUGCAUUAUC